CGACCCCCGAUGUCGUUUCCGGCUUCGGCCUCGUGGCUCCAUGCGCUCUCCGUCCUGGCCGUGGCCUGCCGGGCGCCGCUGCCGGCGGUCCCAUCGUUCGCGGGUGACGCCAAGACGCUGGUGCUCUCCACAGCCCGCGUGCGCCAGACGGGCCAUGGAUUUCUGAACAGGCAGGCCAGUGCGCUGGUGGUGCACGGCGCGUCGGCGGGCUCAGACCGCCGACCGCCCAGGCGCAGCGUUCCGGCCUCAGGGCAUUCUUCGAGCAGUGCUGUGCAGCUUUCGAGAAAUCACAGUGCUGUUGAGCCGUCGAUAUAG